AUGAGCUCAAAUUCGUCCCUUCGUGAUCUCUACAACCCCGCCUCAUCUGCAUGGGCAUUUGUUCCACCUCCACCUCCUAUGCAGAACGCCAGUGCACCCGCACCCGCAGCUCCUGCAAUGACCACCUAUCAAUGGACGAAUCGUCCUGCUCAUAACUCAAUUUUUGAUCUGUCUCCUUCACUAGACCUCAGCGAACCUUCCAGCCUCAAUGUACCCUUACUGCUGCGCUCCCUAGUCGCUUCAGCAUUGCUCCAGUACACAAGCACAGCACUUGUGAUGCCGCUGGAAGUAGGAAAGCUGCUUCUUCAAAUUCAGUGGAUCCCCAAGGAUGGGCCAGCACCAUCUGGCCAGGCACACGAGGAAGAAGAAGCGGAAGAAGCGCUUAGCGACUCUACCAACGAGGACGAGUCCUACUUCGCGGACCCCGUUGCUUCGCACAUACAGUACCCAGCGCCAAAGCCCGUUGACGAUCAGGGCUAUGUGGUCAGGACGUCUGUGCUGGAAGACGGAACACGCCCCGAAUACAUCAUUCCGGUGGGUAGUAUGAAUGGCGCCUGGGACAUGGUGAAACGCGUCGCUGCCUUCCGUGGAGAAGGCUGGCUUUCACUAUGGAAAGGCCUAUUCACAUCCUGCGUUCACGACGUGCUUUUCAGUAAUGUUCAACCACUCGUCGACAGUCUUAUGCAUUCUGUGUUCUUGUCAUCAGCCUCUGGGCUAUAUCGUCCACCGUUUCUCUUGCCGGUAGCAUCACACGUCAUCACUGGCUUUCUACUCUCGCCUCUGGACCUCGUUCGAACCCGCUUAAUUUCCCAAUCAGGGAUGCAACGCCACCGGACGUACACUGGGCCAUUCGAUGCACUAACGCAGAUUAUAGCCCAGGAAGGCGGUAUCAAAAGCAUUUAUUUCCAUCCGCAACUCUUUAUCCCUACUAUUCUCGAUAAUGGCCUCCGUCCUCUAUUGCACAUCCUCAUGCCUACGCUUAUCGCUCCUCGACUGGGGUUUGGUCCACAUGUCGCUGCAGACACCAGUCCCGUUGCAUGGGCUUUUGCUCAAGUGCUGGGAUCUGUGGCAGGCCUUCUAAUCACGCUGCCUAUCGAGACUGUGCGCAGAAGGUUACAAGUACAAACCCGGGGUACGGCGAAGGUGUUGCGCACGUGUGUCGAGACGCGUCCUGUACCAUACAAUGGUGUCGUGGACGCUUUGUGGCACAUUGUGACGGAAGAAAGGUCGGACCUUCCUAUUAGGCGGAGAUCAAGAGCGAGAAGACGGCAGGUAGAAGGUGCAGAAGAAAAGGAUGUUGAUGGCCUGUCUGUAGAGAAGCAAGAUGGAUCCAGAUGGCUGAGAAACACGGGUAUUGGACAAUUAUACCGGGGCCUGAGGAUGCGUCUCGGGGUUAGCAUUAUCGUAUUCUUGUUGACCACCCUUGGAGGUCAACAAGAGGUGGACGGGGGUUGGGCAGAACUCUAG